AGCAAAGCCGUGCGCGCCAACGACGCCAAAGCCAACUCCAGCUCUAGCCUCGCAUCUCAUCAACGUCUCAUCCACGUCUCGUCUCAUCUGGAUGGAAGCGCCUUGUCACACCUCACCCUCUUUUGUUUCCUAGCCUCAAUCUUCUCUAGUUCUCCGCACCCCGGUCUCGCACUUGAACCUCGCACACCAUGGACCGCGCGCAACAAGCCGCGGCGUCCAAUCUCAUGGACACGCACAACCGCCUCGUUGCGGACGUCCUCACUCGCUACCGCACCCUCAUGAUGCUGGCGACGAUCCAGGCCGAGGGCGAGCGCAACAACGCCAACCCGGAGGCCAUCGCUGUGACGGGCAUCUCCAUGAAGAUGGAGUUUGACGGCCUGUACACCUCCAUCAAGGAACUCCUCGCCCUCUCGCGCAAGAUCAAGGAGCUAUGGGUCUUUGGGCCCCUCGGCCGCGGCGACCCCAACGCCCGCGCAAAGGAGGAGCAGAUCGACCGUGACGUCGGCGCCGUCGCCUCGCUGCUCGACGCCCUCGACGCCCGCGGCAUGCAGGCGCUCGCCCAGCGCUGCGGCGGCUCCUGGGAGGCCCUCGGCUCCGGCGACGACGCGGCCUCCGCCUCGGCGACCGUGACGGCCACGGCGCAGGCCGAUGGGACCACUGCGGGCUCGGUUACGACGGGGCGGUGAGCGGUGAUGCUGUGGAUGGAGCCGGGCAUGCUGGCGGAUCCGGAGGCGUUUGGUUUGGGCGUUGGGGUUUGCUUGGGACGAGGACGGAUUUAGAUACCCAGAGCCUCGGGAUUUCAAAAAGUACAAUACAAAGCGCAUUGCAUGCUCGUUUUGAUGUCAUGCCAUGCUCAGUGAAGACCAACUGUACUAUGCGAUAACUCAAGAACUUCAC